UCGUUUGAAAAUGGUAAAUUCAUGCAGUGUGUUUAAGUGUCAUAAUAAGGCAAACAAAUCAGACAACAGAAAGUUUUUCCGGUUACCGGAAAUUAUUCUUCACCAAGAUGACAGGACCCGAGAAUUAUCAACGGAAAGGCGAAGAUCGUGGCUUGCGAGACUCGGUCAAGAUUUCACAGGGAAAAACCUUAGCAACAUCAGAGUGUGCUCAGAUCAUUUUAUUUCAGGGCAGAAGUCAGCAUUGUAUGACAGAGAAAAUCCAGACUGGGCACCAUCAAUCAACCUAGGAUCUACAGCUUCAACACCAUCCCCGCUAGUUGCAACAGGGCGUUUCGCAAGGCGUAGGGCUCGAUCCGAGAAGUGUGAGGCUGCACGCGUGCUACUUUCAAUCGGUGAAUCAUGUGAACCUUCACUUGAAGAGGAGGCUGGAACAAGCUCACAAACUGAUUUAUCUUCACUAGUGAUUGAUUCUGUUUUUAAUGAAUUAGCACAUGUAAAAAAAGGAAAUGACUCCUUUAGGGAACAACUCAAGACCCAGACGCCAUACUGUAUUGAGUUCUUCAAAGGAAAUGAUGACAAAGUGAAAUAUUUCACAGGAUUGACAAGUUUUCUUGUUCUCAUGGAACUAUUCGGUUACCUUGAAGACAACAUUUUACCUGGGGACCUAGUGAUGGCAGACAGGGGCUUUGAUAUUGCUGCAAGUGUUGGAACAUUGUGUGCCCAAGUAAAAAUUCCUGCGUUCACCAAAGGAAAAAGCCAAAUGUCUCCACUAGACCUGGAGUCCACAAGGAAACUUGCAAAUUUAAUACAGAUAAGUAUGGAAUCAGGUUAA